AUGCUCUACAAAGCGUCUAGACUAUUAGCCUUGCUGGGACUUGCAUCCAUAGCCCACGCUGUAACCCUUACCGUAUCCACUGCGCAAGGCAAUGCAACUAGUCCUAUCUUGUACGGCCUUCUCUAUGAGGAUGUCUAUCACUCUGGCGAUGGGGGUCUGUACUCAGAACUGAUACAGAAUCGCGCCUUUCAAGGCACUUCUGUAUUCAAUAACCAGGGCCCGUAUCAGACUCUUCAGUAUUGGCACACAAGAGGGUCUGAUACUCUAACUCUCGACAAUGAAGCACCAUUGUUAAGUAGCGCUCUUCCUUGGCAGAUGCGCGUGGAUGUCGCCAAGGGGACAACUGGCGCAACCGGUUUUUGGAACGAGGGAUAUGCAGGCAUGAAUAUAACAACCGCCACACGCUAUGCUGCUAGUUUCUACCUCCGUGGCAACUACAACGGAGAAAUAUUGGCCGCUUUCUGGAGCAAUACGACGAACUCCAUGCUUGGUAGCACUACCUUUCAAGUUGACCAAACAGAGGCCAAUGGCUGGGUGCCUUAUGCACAAACCUUUACCACGCAAUUUUCCGCACCCGAUCAGAAAAAUACCUUCCACCUUACUUUCGAUGGUGCUAGCACGACGGGCCAAAGCCUGCGUUUCCAAAUGAUUAGCGUAUUUCAGCAGACGUUCAAGAAUUCCAACAACGGACUCCGGAUGGACCUUGCCGAAGCCCUCGUUGAACUAGGUGGUAAAUUUCUCCGCCUCCCAGGGGGGAACAACCUCGAAGGAAUUGCUUCUCCGUAUAGAUGGAAGUGGAACGAAACCAUUGGUCCAAUUAUCAACCGCCCUGGACGUCCGGGAACAUGGGGCUACGUCAAUACCGACGGCCUCGGACUUUUAGAAAUGAUGCAGUGGUGCAUUGACAUGAAUCUCGAACCAAUAUUAGCUAUUUGGGGCGGGCUGUAUCUUGAUGGAGAGAUCAUCUCCGAAGCAGAUUUAGGACCAUAUGUCGACGAUGUUCUCAACGAGCUAGAGUUUCUAUUAGGUCCAUCAACGUCACCUUGGGGCAGCGUUAGAGCUUCGUUGGGUUACCCAAAUCCUUUUACAAUCAACUACAUCGAAAUUGGCAACGAAGAUUUCCUCAACGGCGGUAUUCCUAGCUAUGUCGGCUAUCGCUUCAAUGCUUUCCACGACGCUAUCAAAAACGUGUACCCAAAUAUGAAGAUUAUUUCGUCCAUCUGGUCCGGAUAUUUUACUAACCCCUCAAUGCCUGCCGGCGUCAUUCAGGAUCUCCAUGAUUACCUCUCGGUAGAUGAUAUGGUUAGCAAGUUUGGGGGCUACGACCAUGCCCCUCGCAACCAGCCUGUCCUGGUGGGUGAGUACGCGGCCAUCUAUGACGCCGAUCACGUUAACCCAAACCAGCUGGACAACCCAACAUUGCAAUCGGCAACAUCCGAGGCUAUUUAUUUUCUAGGCUUGGAGAGGAAUUCGGAUGUCAUUGUUGGAAUUUGCCAUGGCGCACUAAUCAAGAGUCUGCACGACGAGCCAGACAACGUCGCCAUGAUAAAACACACUCCUAACGCUCUUGUCCGAUCCAUGAGUUACUACGUAUCUAAACUCUUCUUCACCAACGUUGGCACAGAGACUGCCGCAGUCUCUGGGAAUGUGGGAUAUGGGCCUCUAUACUGGUCUGCGACGAAGAAUAAUGCGGGAACGUACUUCGUUAAGAUUGUCAACUAUGAUGGUGCAGCUUCUACACCAAUCACAGUGAUAAUUCCCGGGAAGACGGGCGUCGCAACUUUGAAAACUGUAACUGCUCCAGAUAAAUACAGCACCAAUGCUCUUGGAAACACACAGAGUGUCUGGACCGAGACGCAGAUAGUUAAUAUAAGGUAG